AUGAAUCUUCAUAAGAGGAAAGUUCUUCACAACCCUCUGUGUAGCAUCUGCGGUGAGUACCCGGAAACAAUUGAGCACUGCCUGCUACUAUGCCCUUGGACUUCUGCUGUGUGGUUUGGCGGCCCCACUGGCUAUAGCCCAAAUAAACAGAGUAUAACUUCCUUGGAUGCUUGGCUGCUGGAGGUUGAUAAAAGGGUGAACUCUCUCUCUGGUGAUCGUGCCUAUGUUUUUCAACUUGUCACCCACCAACUGUGGGAAAUCUGGAAGCAUAGAUGUGAAAUUGUGGUUGCUCACGGCAGUCCUAAUCCUAUUGGUACAAUUGAGAGAACCCGGAGAAGCUUCGGUGAUUGGCUUCAUGCUGUUAAUUCAAAGUUGUGUCCACCUGCCAGGAUCUCCAGUAGCCAGUCUCUAAAUUCAAACUGGUACCCUCCUGACCCUACAACUUUUAAGGUCAAUGUGGAUGGAGCUUGGGAUGCAUAUAGCAAGAAGAGCGGUAUUGGCAUUGUUGUAAGAAAUCAUAGAGGCAAUUCCAUAGCUGGAGCUAGCAUCUAUAGUGCCCACAACUCUGCAAUUGAAACGGAAGCAGCUGGUGUGGUAAAGGGUCUGCAACUAGCUGCAUACUUAAAAAUUCAAAGCAUUGUUCUGAAGUGUGACUGCCAGGAGAUCAUUGCAGUGUUAGACAACCCCUCUCUAACUCCAAACUGGAGAAUCCUCCCAAUGAUCAAUAUGAUUACCCAAUUGAAGACUCUUUUUCCUGGAAUUAUAUGGAACUGGGUUCCCCGAACAGCUAACCGCGUUGCUGACGCCGCGGCAAAGCUGGCCAAGUUGAGGCUGUGCUCUCUUGAAUGGGCCAAUCGGCCUUCAGCCUCUCUUCUUUCAGUCUUAAGGAGUGAUGGCCUCCCAGGGCCCCUUGUAGUGUAG